GAUGGAAGUUGAAGAAGCAUCAUCUCAUCGCUCGAAACGUAAAAAAGAGAGGAAACACCAUAAAUCUAAAAGCAAAUCCAAAAGUAAGUCAAAGAAGAAGCAUCGGAAAAGGAGUAGGCGAUCGCCUUCUAGUUCUGAAGAAUCCCAGCAGCAUUCUAAUGUAAAGGCUAGUAGCCUUGUUAAUCUCGCAAACCCAGAAGAUAGCCACAAAUAUUCUCAUCAAGAGGUCGUGGACCUAGUCAAAAAGACGCUAGACUCGUUGUUAGCCAAAGAUCCUAUUUUGAAUGAUCUUCCACCUGCUGUCACUUUAGAAGAGGCCCAAUCUUUGAUUGCAUUAGAGCACGGACAGGCCAUUCAUAUCGAGAUCCAUCGGGACGAUGGAACUUCAUUUCCCGUAAUCAUCAGCCAAAAUGCUACUGUUGGUCAACUAAAGCGAUCUGUUGAACGAGCUACAGAACUGCGAUUGAGCCGAGACAGGUCAAGCUGCCAUAGACGGAUCAACUGGAAAUAUGUUUGGAAAACUUACUGGCUCUACGCACAGGGAAUCAAGUUGAAGGACGAUAUGGCUUCACUAAAAGACUGCGCUAUAAAUAAUUACGACCGCGUUUCGUUCAUCAAGCGACUUAAAGAAAAAUAAAAGACAUUAAAAGAU